AUGAGCGCAUAUCCCCUUAAUUACCGAAUUGCACAGGCUGUCGGCCUAAGUGGCGCCGCAUGGCUCUCAGGUACGGUAGCUAGCCAGCUCACCGGUAAUAUCGCCGCCCUAAGCUUGAUCGCCGUGCCAGCGUUGACGCAAAGUCGAGAGGAGAAGUCAGUCUCACAGUCUACGGUUGUCAAGCUAUGGAAUAAAGUAUACGAUGCUGGCAAGGCGCAGAAUCCGCCGGUUGCGGCCACCACCGCCGCUGCAUUCCUCUACCUCGCCUGGUCGGUCCGCCACCUGCAUGGCGCCCUUCUCUUUCGCCCCACGACGGACAAUCGUGUUGCGCUCUAUAUCACAGCGGCUACUCUGACUGUAAGCAUCGUGCCGUAUACCAUCGUCACGAUGCGGCCGACGAACAAUGCGCUCAUCCAACUCGCGCGAUCCCGUGAUCUGACUACCGCGGAAGAGACUCAAAGCAACGACCUUCUUGGCCGGUGGAUUCUUUUUAAUGGGAUUCGGAGCAUCCUGCCUCUGGUGGGUGGGCUGGUAGGCAUCACGGCGGCUUUUCUGUAG